AUUGCCUUAAAAACACGUUCGCGCCUACUAUAUUCAUCUACACGUAAUCCCACCAACAAACCCAGCGCCAGAAAAAUGGGGUGUGCCUCCUCGAAACUUACCAAGGUGACCGUCGAUGAUAUCUACCGCCCAGCUCCCGCGAGCUUUGCGGUCUUCGACGUCAACGCAGUCGAAGAGCCUUGGCUCAAGGUGGACCAUAUGCAGCAGGAGCACGAAGAGAAGCCCACGCACGUACCGGCUCCGAUUCUGGAGAAGCUCAGUAAGUUCGAGGCCGACGCUCCUCACUCCUGGGAGGAAGUCAGCAAAGCCUUGAAGUUAGAGGACCUCAAGAAGCAAAAACCCACAAUUGUCGGCCCGCCUGCAAAGCCGGAACCGGAAGCAGUUCCCCCACCGGUGCAGGAUAGCACGACCACCAAUAAACAGACGCCUCGUAAGAGCGCCUCUUUCCACACGCUCGAGGAGCUCGACGCCAAGCUAUCUCCGAAGCCGACUAAAGAGUUGAGGAAAGCGGAGACGAUGCGGACCGAGUCGAGAAGAACCGAGCCAAAGCAGAACGAGGCACGGACCGAGUCAGAGUCGGAGGGUUUCAGGCCCAAGCCCCUGAAGGAGAACAUAUUUAUAUUGAAGGACAGGCUAGAGAGGGAAAGGGAAGGAAAGAUGGCAAACUUCGAUAGGAUCAAGAGGGACCCUCUGAGUGAUUUUCAGGAGAAGUGCCCGCCGGGGGGCGGGGCCGACACAGUGGUGCUCUACACGACGUCACUACAGGGGGUCCGGCGCACGUACGAGGACUGCAACCGGGCGAGGGAGGUGCUGGAAGGGCACGAGGUGGUGUUCGACGAGCGGGACGUGUCGCUGCACGGGGAGUUCCUGAACGAGUUGAGAGAGCUGUUGGGGGAGACGGCGAGAGUACCGAGGCUGUUCGUGAAAGGGAGGUACAUCGGGGGAGUGGAGGAAUUGGUGGAGCUGAACGAGGCGGGCCGGUUGGGUAGGAUACUGAAGUCGGCCAGAGUGGAGAGAGGGGUGGGAAGGCAAGGCUGCGAGGGGUGCGGGGGCAUGAGGUUCGUGCCGUGUUGGGAGUGUGGUGGGAGUUGUAAAGUGGUCAAGGAUGGGUCGGAAAAGAAAGAGCGAUGUGGUCAGUGCAACGAGAAUGGCUUAGUGCACUGUCCAGCUUGUAAAUAAUUAUAAAAGUCGAUGGAAUUAAGUACUUCUGUUUUUUUUUUUUUUUUAAUCCAUUUUGGGGAACUUGAGUGGAAAGUGACUAUGUUCUGCAUUUGAGUAAUGAAUUUUUUAUUUUAGAUUUUGUUAUUUUUAAUCAUAUGAUCAAUUAAUGUAGUAUAUUUUAAGUGAUUUCAUAUAUGUAAAAUCACUUGGAAUGUAUUACAUUAAUAUGAUUGAAAUGAUAAAAUCUUCAAUAAAAAGCAUUUAUCUUUAGAUUUUGA